AGCGUGUAGUAUGUUGUGAGCUGGAGAGAGAUGCAGGAGGGUGGGUAGCGUAGGAAAACGAAAUAGUAAACUCUGAGAAUAAGGUGUGUGUGUGUUGGCGCUGCUCUGAGAGUGUGUGUGUGUGGCGCUACUCUGAGAGUGUGUGUGUGUGUGUGUGUGGCGGUGCUCUGAGAGUGUAUGCACCCAGAGUGAGCCACCAUGCCCGUGACAUCACAGCUGUUCCGAGGCUUCCCUCGAGCGAAGCUCUGGGGUUCCUCCCUGUUCCCAUGCCAACGCCAGCUCCCCUGCUGCCCCACCUCCCACCGGCCCACCUCGUCGCAGCCCCACUCCAUAUGGCCGACAGCCAUGCCCGUGCGUGGCUAUAGGAGGAGCCCUGACCUCCACAGCUACAAUCUCACCCCCCCACAGGUCAACUCAAUCCUCAAGGCCAACGAGUACAGCUUCAAGGUUCCAGAGUUUGAUGGUAAGAAUGUGUCGUCGGUGAUGGGGUUCGACAGUAACCAGCUGCCUGCCAACGCACCCAUCGAGGACCGGCGCAGCGCUGCCACCUGUCUGCAGACGCGGGGGAUGCUGCUGGGAGUGUUCGACGGCCAUGCGGGCUGUGCCUGUGCACAGGCGCUGAGUGAGAGGUUGUUCUACUACGUAGCCAUGUCCUUGAUGCCCCAUGAGACCCUGUGUGAGCUGGAGGCUGCAGUAGAGGCAGGCAGGCCCCUCAGCCCCAUCCUGCAGUGGCACAAACACCCCAACGACUACUUCACCAGGGAGGCACAGACUAUGUACUUCAACAGCCUCAGAACCUACUGGCAGGAACUCAUAGACCUCAGCAGUCCAGGGGAGAGCCUAGGGCCCAGAGAGGCGUUGCUGAGUGCCUUUAAGAGACUGGACAGUGACCUGUCUCUGGAGGCUCAGGUGGGAGAUGCCAAUUCCUUCCUCCACUACUGGGUUCUGAGAGUGGCCUUCUCUGGAGCGACUGCCUGCGUAGCUCACAUCGAUGGAUCCGACCUGUAUGUAGCGAACACGGGCGACGGCCGGGCGGUGCUGGGGGUCCAGGAGGAGGACGGCUCAUUCAGCGCUCACACGCUCUCCAACGACCACAACGCCCAGAAUGAGAACGAGGUGGCCCGCAUCCAGGGGGAGCACCCCCCCUCUGAGAAGAAGACUGUCGUACGACAGGACCGGUUGUUGGGCCUGCUGAUGCCGUUCCGUGCGUUUGGAGAUGUGAAGUUCAAGUGGAGCAUUGACUUGCAGCGAGGUGUGUUGGAGUCAGGACCAGACCAGCUCCAUGACAACGAACAUACCAAGUUCAUCCCCCCCAAUUACCACACCCCUCCCUACCUCACGGCCGAGCCUGAGAUCACACACCACCGCCUCCGACCUCAGGACCGCUUCCUGGUGCUGGGUACAGACGGGCUGUGGGAGACGCUCCAUCGACAGGAGGUGGUCCGGAUCGUAGGGGAGUAUCUAACGGGGGUCCACCAGCGCCAGCCCCUCACCGUGGGGGGUUACCAUGUCACCCUGGGACAGAUGCAGGGGCUGCUGGCUGAGAGGAAGGCCCGUGCCUCCUUAGCGUUCCAGGACCAGAACGCUGCCACCCACCUGAUUCGCCACGCGGUGGGCAACAAUGAGUUUGGAGCAGUGGACCACGAGACGCUGUCCAAGAUGCUGUCUCUGCCUGAGGAACUGGCCCGCAUGUACCGCGACGACAUCACCAUCAUCAUCACACAGUUCAACCCCCACGUGGUUGGACACCAGCGCCAAGGGGGGGAGUCCUGAGCCAGCUCAGCCUAUCAGAGGGGAAUGUGGACAUGAACAGGAAGUUUACUUUCUAGGAGGAAAAACACUGAUGUGAGGACUGGGUCCUGCUACAGACACAUGGUUGAGCUCUAAUCUUUAUUUUACCAAACGCACACAAAACAUACUGUUAAUGGACUAACCCUGCAGAGGGAGGACUGCCUACCUUCGGACUCCUUAUUUUAGGAUUGUUAUUGAAGAGGUGCGUGUACAGUAUGUGCACAUGUGAGCACACAGUCCUGGUCAUGUGGAUUGUUGAAAUGCUUGCUGAUACUGAUCACAAGUUGGCUCUUUUCUGAGUGUUGUGGCCUGGUGUGUGUGUGAAGCUUUUUAAAGGAUAUUUGAUCAACCUCCCUGCAGCAUUCUGCUUCUCUGCUCUGUCACAGUCUCUGCCCAUAGGAAACUUUAAUUUGUGCCGAAAGAGUGUGCUGCUUUAUAACUAUGUUGUCUGAGCAUUGAGGUAAUGAUACGGUGGCAGCCUUUGUGUUUGUUCAAUCUGGCCUGUCUACUCCUCUACAAACAUCCCUCCCUCUUUCAUAUCACAGAUUCUGUGCUGUGCAGUUGCAGCAUCUGUCUUGCUCUAGAGCUGCAACUGGCCUCCAUCCUGGCUCUACCGCAUGGCUCUGCUGUUACAUAGUAGGGCUCUGUCUGUCUGUGUUCUGUCAUUGGAUGGAUCCGUGUCCUUUAUACUUGUUACAGACGGACAGCCAAGAGCUCCCAGGCACACUUCUUGUUAUCUUAUAUUUUGAAUAAUGUUUAUUUAAAAUGUUUUUAAUCUGAUUUCAAACAUUGACUAUUUUGUCAACCUUAGAGAGGAAUAACUGCCUGUGUCUAUAAAGCAGAUGUUAUUGCUCUGAGACAGACAGUGUCAUUAAGAUAGGAACCAGUAGAGCUACGUAGUGUGCAAGCUUUAGAUCCAGCACUAACACCUCUAUCACAACUACUCACCCACAGGAAUCAGGUUUGUUAUGCGCUGAGUGUGUCUGAGAGAUUCUACAGCAGACUGAAGGAGUGGUGGUAUUCUGUAGAGGAGAGAGAGAGGGGUGUGUGAUGAGACGUUUAUUGUUUUAGGGUUGCAGAGUAUACAUGUUUAAAAAGAAACAUAGUGGUUGAACCUCUCGUGUUUUUUGACAAUGAUACUCUCAUACGGGGGGAUAUGGUAUACUAACGUCAUCAUGCUUACAUGGUGUGUAUUCUAUCAAAAAUGUUUUUAGAAAGUUAACUUUUUAGUUUUUAACAGUGAAUCAUUGCUAGCUGGUGUCAGAUCUCUGUCUGAGGUAACCAUGGAAUUAGGAAUUGAACUGUAACCAUCUCCUGUCAUGUUCAUGCCAAACCUCCAGGAGUGACUAAAACAGAGACCGACUUAGUCACUGUUGGCAGGACACUAACCAUGGUGUGGUUCUAGGCUUGUAUAGGUCAGAUGAAGGGUGUGCAUCAUAUGAGGUUGUAUAUCUCAUGGUGGUGUAUAUUUAGGAGAGGAGAGAAUGUAAAGCUGAAGAUGGCUCUGUCUGGACGCUGGCUGAAUACUUGAAGGUUAUUUAUGCAACUUUUAAUAUGUCACAGUUAUUUAUCCACAAUUAUAUGAGAUGUGACAGGUAUGUAUGUACAGUGUCCUGUUUGUGUCCAGUGACCAGUGACCUGUUUGGGCUUGAGACUAAAGUUUUUUUGUAUUUGGAAACUUAAUAAAACACUGACUACACACAA